AUGAGGCCGGCCCUCAGUACAGAAACACUUCACGUAGCCCGCUCGCUGGCCGAGAAGACGAGCGACGCUCAGUUGUUGCCAACCAAUGUUUCUGGGGAGGACCUAGACGGACCAGCAAGCGACCAGUCCGCUACAAAGCCUGAAUACGCUUCUGGCCUGAGACUGGUCAUCAUCGUGACGACCAUAUGCUUCAGCACCCUGCUCACGGCACUGGACCUUGGCAUCGUCGCUACGGCCAUUCCCGCCAUCACAGAUGAGUUCCACCAGCUUGACCAGGUGGGCUGGUAUGGCAGCGCCAUCUUCCUGCUCGCCGGCACCACGUCGCCCAUGUGGGGGAAAGUUUACAGAUACAUGAACGCAAAGGUCGUUUAUCUCGCCGCCUUUGCUAUGUUUCUGAUCGGGAGUCUCGUGGCCGCAACGGCUCCUAACAGCAUUGCCUUGGUCAUCGCUCGCGCCAUUCAGGGCUGGGGCUGCGCGGGUACCCUCAGCGGCUCUGUGCUCAUGAUCAACUACGUGGUCGAGCCGAAAAGCCGGCCAAUGUACAUCGGCUUGUGGAUGGGAGUCUUUAUGAUCUCUACUACCCUUGGGCCACUGAUUGGAGGUGCAUUCACAACCAAUGUGACGUGGCGCUGGUGCUUUUGGAUAAAUCUUCCUGUCGGAGGACCCGUGAUCGUGCUCAUACUCUUGUUUUUCUAUGUGCCUCGGCAUGUACAGACCACGGCUGCAAUAUGGAAGGAGAUCAUCCUACAGCUUGAUCUACCGGGUUUUAUUUUGCUUCUCACCUCUCUCAUCUGUUUUACUCUGGCUCUUCAGUGGGGUGGCCAGUCUAAGCCAUGGAGUGAUGGCAGUGUUAUAGCUACAUUGGUCAUGUGGAUUACCUUGAUUCUUGCCUUCGUUUUGGUUGAAUGGUGGCAAGGUGCUUAUGCCAUGGUGCCAUUGAAUCUGAUGAGAUCGCGAAUGACUUGGUCAAAUGCCUUGUAUGGCCUCAUAAACAACCUUACCAACUUUCAAUCGAUCUUCUACCUGCCCAUAUACUUCCAAUCUAUCCACGGGCAGUCAGCCAUAACAAGCGGCGUUAAUAACCUACCAUAUGUGGCUCUUUUCGCCGCCGGAACCACGUUAUGCGGAUACCUCAUAAGCAAGACAGGGCUCAUGCAACCCUUUCACCUAGCCAGUGCCAUCCUGUCCACGGCUGGUGCCGCUUUACUCUACACACUCGAUGUCGACUCCUCACUAGCCCGUUAUGUUGGGCCCCAGCUACUUCUGGGCUUUGGUGUUGGGCUCGGGAACCAGAUCCCUAUGACGGCAGUACAGAGCUUCUCGAAGCCAGAGGAAGUAGAGUCUGCUACGGGCAUCAUGCUCAUGUUCAAUGCCCUCAGUGGUGCAUAUUUUGUCACGGCAGCUCAGUCUCUUUUUGCGAAUCGUCUGCUGGAAGAGCUCUCCAGUGUAGCGCCCAAUAUCGAUGCAGCAAAAGUCUUGGCUACCGGGGCAACCCAAAUACGACAGGUUUUCAGCGGUGCAGAUCUUGACGCAGUGCUUGAAGUCUAUAUGGUCGGGAUAAAGGAUGUUUUCGCCUUCUCGAUGGCUGGCGCAGGAUUGACUAUUCUGCUGGCCUUUCUGAUUCCAUCGAAGAGAUUGAAUCAUUGA